AUGCCCCGAUAACACAUGCAUAGCAUAGUUCCUGAUAGUAUUAACGUAUUUAACAGGCCCCGCUGGUGUACUUUAACUCCACAGUAUCACAAUGCGAGCCGGCGCGCCGAUCUGAGUAAACACAAUAAAUAUACGCCGGUUAUCGCCGGUCACAGUAAGUCGGUAGUCAACGACAAAAUGCGCGCCGUGUCGGUGGAAAGUGCGGUGGCAACCAGCGUCGUCGCGUUAACAGGCCUUCUCGGCGCCGUCUGGAUGUACCAGCGUCAUAGAAACACCCAAAAAGACAACAAACCACCCGCAGAAUGGCGAGAAGUAGCCACCAUCCAGAAGAUUCACCUGUAUCCGUUGAAAAGUGGUCGUCGGGUCGAGUUACAAUCGGCGGAAUGUACGAAAUUUGGUUUGAAGCACAAUAGUCGAUAUGAAAAGGCUCUACAGUUAUAUGACCGAUCAUUUCUUGUCGUUGGGGCUGAAAAUGGAGAGUUUAAAACAGCUCGUACAUUUCCCAAAAUGGUUCUCAUCGAGGUGGGUGUCCACGACGAAUGGCACGUGAGUUUUGAAGCUCCUGGAAUGCGUCAACUUUACGUGAAAAUACCAAAAGAAGGUGACGUCAAAGCCACAAAGAUAACUCUUCAUCAAAAAGAAGAAAUCUUUGCUCUGGAUUGUGGAGAUGAAGCAGCAAGCUGGUGUUCACGUUACAUCUAUGGUAAAGACACAGGUUUACGUCUGGUCUUCCACGAUGCUGCUGAUGAACACAAACGUGAUCUACGGCCAACUCAUCAAAAGAUGUUAAACAACUAUACAGAAUUAAAUACAUCCACUGGGUUGUAUUCUGAUCUUACUGCUGUUAUGAUGAUCAAUCAAGCUUCCAUUGAUGAUUUAAACACUAAAAUCGAAUCGGAUACUGUUAUUACGUCUGAAAACUUCCGCCCGAAUCUUAUUAUUAGUGGAGAUGGAGCACCGCCAUUCAUUGAAGAUUAUUGGGCAUGGAUCAAGAUUGGAGAUGUUAUUCUGAAGAAUGUCAAACCCUGCACGAGAUGUAUGUUUACUACAAUUGAUCCAGAGAAUGGCACAAGGAAUCAGGAUAGGGAACCAUUGCAUACUCUUGAGAAGUAUAGAAAAUUGAAGAAUGUUUUGCAUAAAGAAUAUGAAGGAGAGUUGACUGUCAUGGGAGCCAUGUUGGGAGUACAUCAAGGAGGUGAAAUCAAUGUUGGUGAUACCAUUUACGUUGGUAUUUAACCAAAUAAAUAAAUAAUUUUAAUUGUUCAGUUUUAAAUAUGUAGUGUAACUUAUGUCAAGACUGUACUUGUUAAUUGUUCAAAUUGCUUAUUGCUUAUUGUAAUUAGUUAUACUUCAUAAAGAAAGCGCAGUGAGUGUUAAUUACUUGUAGUAGGUUCAAGAUCGUGUUCAAAAGUGUUUUAUUACGAUAAUUAAAUAAAAGUAUGAAGUGUUA